AUGUCAAACAGACUCGUUUAUGUUAAUUUCAAGUUCAGAACUCUGUUCAUUCUCAGACAACAAAUACCAUGCACCUCAUCAACAUCAUCAUUCUCCACUCGUCCAAGAACCAUCGAUCCUGGUCAACAGAUGAAGAUACUCAAUGACAAAAACCAGUUCAAACAAAGCAUUGAGCUGUUCGAGAGAGAAAAGAAGAAGAACAAGGAUCAACUGUCCAGUUUCAUCAUCGAUCAAGCGUUGAAAGCAUGUGUACAAGUGCGUGACUUUCGACGUGGACAAGAUAUUCAUCAGUUGGUUCAACAUCGAUUAUCAGCUGAUUCUUCGUUAGUGAAAUCUCUUAUCCAUUUCUACAUGCAAUGUCAUGAUAUGAACACAGCUGAAUCUCUAUUCCACAUUUCGACAAACAAAACGGUGUAUAUUUGUAGUGUGAUGAUGAAGGGAUACAUUGAAAAUGGGAAGUCAGAGAAAGCGAUUGAGAUUUUCAAAGGGGUAGACAAACCUGAUGCAGUUUUGAUCACACUUUUGUUCAAGGCUUGUGCUCAAGUACCAUCCGAGGAAUCGUUGAACUUAGUGAAAAACAUCUGGAAGAAGUACCAAAACACAUCUCUUCUCGAUAAUCCUGCAUUCAGUUCCCUACUGAACGUUUUAAUGAAACAUGGUAACGUCGAGAGUGCAGAAAACGUGUUCAAUCAACGAUCGAACAAAGCACCAUCAAUGUAUGCUUUACUGGCAACUAUCGCUGCUGUAGGAUACAUAGAUAACGAGAUACCACAAAAAGCAAUUGAUCUAUUCCAACAAGUUAAGAAUCCCAACGGAAUUCUCAUUACACUCUUGUUCAAUGCUUGCGCUCAACUGCCCUCACAACAAUCACUGGAUUUGGUGAAAAGCGUGUGGAAGAAGUAUCAAAACACAUCUCUUCUCGACGAUCAUGCGCUAACUGCUUUCAUCGACGCUCUCAUGAGGUGCGGCGAUGUGAAAGACGCAGAGACACUUUUUGACCAAUCAGCACACAAAGUGUUACCUAUGUAUGGAGCAAUGAUGAAAGGAUACAUUGACAAUACGCUGCCGGAAAAAGCGAUUGAUCUUUUCCAACUGGUGAAAAACCCGAAUGAAAUUCUUAUCCUGCUCCUAUUCAAUGCAUGUGCUCAACUACCCUCAGAGCAAUCGUUGAACUUAGUCAAGAAUACCUGGAAACAAUAUAACACUAAACUCAUCCGUAGCGAAAAUACAUUAACUUCCCUAAUCGAUGCUCUCAUGAAAUGUGGUGACGCCAAGAGUGCGGAAUCUGUUUUCACUGAAUCGUGGCACAAAUCAAUAUCGAUGUAUGGAGCAAUGAUGAAAGGGUACAUAAAAAAUGAAAUGUCGACAAAAGCGAUUGAUCUUUUCAAACAAAUCAAAGAUCCGAAUGAUGUUAUCAUCACACUACUCUUCAAUGCUUGUGCUCAACUGCCAUCGGAACAGUCGUUGAGCUUGGUGAAAGCCGUGUGGAAGAAGUAUCAAAACGCGUCCCUUCUCCAUGAUCAUGCGCUGACUGCUUUAAUCGAUGCUUUCAUGAAGUGUAGAGAUGUUAAGGGAGCAGAGACGAUCUUCCACAAGUUACCACACAAAGUUCUACCCAUGUAUGGAGCUAUGAUGAAAGGAUAUCUUCUUAACAAAACACCCAGCAAUGCUCUUGAUCUUUAUCGUCAAAUCAAAACCAUGAAAGAAACACAAUCAGAUUUCUUCAUCUAUCUACUUACAAUCAAUGCAUCGGCACAGAUUGCCAUAGCAUCCGAGUGUCAGGCCAUUGUGGAUGACAUUCCACAACAUCUGCUUCUUAAUAUUCAGAUUUGCAACUCCUUAAUUGAUAUGUGGGGUAAAGCUGGUUGUGUGCAAAAAGCUGAGCAAGUUUUCACCAAUCUCUCAUCGAUCGAUCAAGUCGGAUAUGCAUCAAUGAUUCAUGCUUAUGGCAUCAAUGGAAUGGGUGUGAAAGCAGUCGAACUUUUCCAUAAGGUUCCACGAUCGUUGCUUGCCGAUUCCACUUAUGUUUGUGUUCUCAAUGCAUGUUCACAUGCUGGACUCGUCGAUCAAGCUCGUUCGAUCUUCUCCAGCAUCGAACCGAAAACAGAAAAGCAUUAUGCGGCAAUGAUGGAUUGUCUAAGUCGAGGAUCAUUGUUCGAUGAAGCACAACAGCUGAUCGAUCAAUAUGAACUACAUCAUCCACCUUCACCUGUCAUGUACAUGGCAUUACUGUCAGCUGCAAGAAAUCGGAGAAACAAACAGUUGGUCGAAAACAUUCACCAACGGAUGAACAAGCUCUUUCCUCGCUCACCAGAUUUGAUCACAUCAGCCACAGUGUUACUUGCGAAUCUGUAUGGAUCGACCGGCGAUAUGAACAAAGCGUCGAGUAUUCGAUCCGAACUAAGUAGAUCUGGUGCCAAGAAAAAGCCUGGUCUCAGCUGGACUGUAGUCAAUGGUGAACUAUAUCAAUUUCUUGCUCACGAUCGAUCUCAUCCACGAAGUGCCGAGAUCUAUGUGGAACUGGAGAAGAUCUCACGAGAACUGAUCGAACGUGGUCAUGAGUAUGACUCGUCAUGGAUCACGCGACCACUUGCAGAAGAUGAAACGAUCGAAUCGGUUCUUUGUGGACACAGUGAGAAGCUUGCAAUCGCUUGGAACUUCGUGGCUAAUGUCGACACAACAUUCAUUCAAAUAACGAAGAACUUGCGUGUGUGUGGUGACUGUCAUCAGGCCACGAAACUGAUCGCUGCUAUUCGACGGUGUCGCAUAGUGAUUCGUGAUGCAAACCGAAUUCAUCAUUUUGAUCCGGAUGGUCACUGUUCAUGUAAUGAUUAUUUCUGA